AUCAACAGGAGGACGGCAGCAUAAACAAGUAGCAGCAGCAGCAGCGGCAGCAGCAGCGGCGGCCAUGGGCAGCGACUACUACAGAGUGGAUGCCAUGAUGGCUGAGGAGACGUAUGUGCCUGUGCGACUGGUGCACGGGUGCACAGGGGUGGGGACGGUGAUCGAUCCCAGCAGCGACCAGGCCGACCUGCCGCCCGGCACGCGCCUGGACCUGCCGCUGUGGAUGGUGCCUCCCAUGGCGGGGCGCAACAUGCUGCAGGUGGACCUCCCCGUCUUCUACGGCAACAAGAUGCGGCGCAAGAUGAAGGCGGGGGCGGGGUGCGAGGACCUGAAAGUUCGCUGCCCCCACUACUACUCGGUCGCUACACGCCUGCACUCAGCCAUGCAGGCGUGCCUCACAGCGGACGAAGACUUCCCCGCCUUCAUCCUCAACACCUUCAGGAGCCGGUACAAGGAGCUGCUGACCAAGGCUCCCCUGGUGGAAAGCGACCUGGAGGCCAGCCAGAUCCAGGCCAAGCUGAGCGUGGAGGAGUCGCAGCUCUUCACGGCGGCGGCCGAGGCGGGGGCGGCGCACCAGCGGUGGAAGGGCAACGGCGACAGCCGCCCCAUGAACCGCUCGCAGAGCCUGAAGCGCAAGUGGGCGGCAGACAGCAAGGAGAACGCGGCGGGCAACGGGGCAGCCAGCUGAGCGCCCACCGGCCGGCGGCGGCGUGGUCGCCGGUGCCAUCGCUGCCGCCAGCCCGCAGCACACCUAGACGCCUGCAUUCAUGGCAGCAUUCUUCCCAAUCCCCUCCCAAAUUUUCGCGCACCUUCCUACACCUACCUGACCUACACUGCAAACGCUUUGACUGCU